UAUAUUCCUAUCUGAAUUUGUUCCCGGGGACCAUCGUAUCUCGCCUCGCGUCGACUCACCCUGCCAAUGGGGACGAGGUGGUGGUAGAUGUCUGCGACGCCAACUGGUACUCGAGUGAGAGGAGGGGGAGGGGGAAGAGCGGGAGGCGGAGGGGGAAGAGCGGGAGGCGGAGGACCCGAUUCCUCUUAUCCGCCGCUCCCCAGAUGCCUAUUUAAACCGCCAAGGAUGCGGAUUACGAAGAGGCCCGUCGCCGCCCUUUGCUUCUCCAUCCUUUCCUCUUCUCACUCCACUGCCCGCCGCCCGAGGCCGCGCUCCUCCGCCUCCCGGCCUUUCUUCUUCUCCUCCUCCUCCUCCUCCUCGCUUCAAAGAAGUGGGAGCAGUCGAUCGGUGACGAGUAGAUCGAUGGAGGAUGUGGGGAUUGACGAGAAGGGGGCGGGCAUCGACAGUGGUCAUUGCGAUCAGGAUCGGCAUAUUUGGUCGUCGCCGGGGUGCGGGCGGGAGACUGUGAUGGGGAAGCAAAUCUUCUGCAAUAGAUCGCUGAAUAUGAAGAAUAUUAUUGCGGUGGGGUUUGAUAUGGAUUACACGCUGGCGCAGUACAAGCCGGAGACGUUCGAGUCAUUGGCAUAUGACGGGACAAUCAAGAAGCUGGUUCAUAAUCUAGGGUAUCCUCCUGAGUUGUUGGAAUGGACAUUUGAUUGGAAGUACAUGGUCAGAGGUCUAGUUCUUGAUAAGAAGAGAGGCAAUAUCUUGAAGAUGGAUCGGCACAAGUAUGUAAAAAUAGCAUACCAUGGCUUUAAGGAGAUGUCUAAGGAAGACAAAAUUGCAACUUAUGGAAACACAUUCAUACGGGAUUCAUUUGAUGAGCCGGACUAUGCUCUUGUUGAUACACUCUUCUCUCUGGGUGAAGCAUAUCUCUUUUCUCAGCUUGUUGACUUCAUGGAUAGUAAUCCUGGAAAAGUUCCUUCUGGCAAGGACUAUGGUCGUAUGUACAAAGAUGUAAGGGCUGCAGUAGACUUAUGCCAUCGUGAUGGAACUUUGAAGCAAAUGGUUGCUAAGGAUCCUGGAAGGUACAUUAACAAGGAUUCAUGGAUUGUACCUAUGCUUAAAAUGCUGCGAGAUUCACGCCGCUCAACAUUCUUAGUGACAAACAGCUUGUGGGACUAUACGAACGUUGUUAUGAAUUUUCUCUGUGCGGAACAUAACUCAUAUGGUGGCUCUGCUUGCAAUUUUCAGUGGCUUGAAAACUUUGAUGUGGUUAUAACAGGCAGCUCAAAGCCAGGCUUCUUCCAUGAAGAAAACCGUGCAAAUCUGUUUGAAGUUGAACCUGAGUCUGGAAUGCUACUUAAUACUGAUAAUGGCACUCUAAUACCUCAAGUUGGAAGUACUUCCCCAAGAUUUCCACCAAAACAACUGAAAAAGGUUUGCAGAGUUUUCCAGGGUGGUAAUGUUGCUCAUUUGCAUAAACUGCUCUCCGUUGGAGCAAGUUCUCAGGUACUCUAUGUUGGGGACCACAUUUAUGGAGAUAUUUUACGGAGCAAAAAAGUUCUAGGUUGGAGAACCAUGCUUGUUGUUCCUGAGUUGGAGGAGGAGGUUAAGCUUCUUCAGGAAACUAGGGAUACCCGUAAGAUUCUUCGACAAUUAAGGAGAGAGCGGGAUCUUGUUGAGGAUAAACUUCAUCGCCUGAAAUGGACUCUCAGGUUUGAAGACCUUGAGAUUGAUAAAAAGCUAUAUUUAUCAUCUGAACUUCAUCAGUUGGAGUUACAAAGGGAGAAUGUUCGACGCCUUCAUCAAGAGGCUCAGCGGGAAUACCAUCAAAAGUUUCACAAGGUCUGGGGACAACUCAUGAAGACUGGCUUCCAAAAUUCUCGUUUUGCUCACCAGGUUGAGAGGUUUGCUUGCUUGUACACCAGCCAAGUAACAAAUUUGAGCUUGUACUCUCCUGACAAAUACUACCGGCCAAGUGAAGAUUUCAUGCCCCAUGAAUUUGAUAUUCUUGGGCUCUGAGGGAACUCUGGAUUAUCUGUAUGUGGGGUGUUACAGGAAACUGAAAUAUGUGAAUAGAAAUGAAAGUAACAUUUUAAAUUGAACACAAAUUGAUCUGAUGUAAGAAAAGCAGCAAGCCUUUGCUAAUGGUGAGAAUGACCUCAAAUAUCAGAGUUACCGUCUAGGGUUCAUUUUUAACUUGACUAAUCAAUAGAAAAAUCAUUUUACCAUAUUA